GUACGACACCAUCCAUGGCAAGUACGAUGGAACCGUCGAGGUCGAUGGCGACUCGCUGGUCAUCGAUGGCCAGAAGGUUGCGCUGUCCCACACCCGCGACCCUGCCGAGAUCCCCUUCGGAGAGCACGGUGCUGAGUACGUCUGCGAGUCUACAGGCGUGUUCCUUACCACGGAGAAGGUUCAGCCUCACCUGAAGGCCGGAGCCAAGAAGGUGAUCUUCUCCGCCCCAGCCAAGGAUGACUCCCACACCAUCGUCAUGGGCGUGAAUGAGGACACCUACGACCCGUCCAUGGAGUGCGUGUCCUGCGCAUCCUGCACAACUAACGGCUUGGCGCCUGCGGUGCGAGUGCUGCAUGAGAAGUUCGGCAUCAAGAGGGGUCUCAUGACCACCUGCCAUGCCAUGACCGCCUCGCAGCCCACCGUGGAUGGCACCUCCAAGAAGGACUGGCGUGGUGGCCGAGCCGGACCAGGCAACAUUAUCCCGUCCUCCACGGGCGCCGCGAAGGCUGUGGCCAAGGUCAUCCCCGAUGUGAAGGGAAAGCUCACCGGUAUGGCCCUGCGAGUGCCAACCAUCGAUGUGUCCGUGGUCGAUCUCACCGUGGAGCUGGAGAAG